AUGUUCUCGCUCCGCAUGGCCUCCGGCGCUGCCCAACGGGCAUCUGCUACACGCACCUACGCAACUCUGCGUGAGAUUGAGAUCCGUCUCAAGAGUAUCAAGAACAUCGAGAAAAUCACAAAAACCAUGAUGGUUGUCGCCUCUACUCGCGUUAACAAGGCUGCUCGUGCCAUGCAGAGCUCUCGUGUUUACGGUGAGGCUGCUAAAGAUGUGUACGACGAGGCCGAAGUUCAGGCCCCCGAGGCCACCGAGACCCCCGAGAAGAACCUGUACGUUGUCAUGUCCUCCGACAAGGGUCUGUGCGGUUCUAUCCACUCCCAGCUUGCUCGCGCUGCCCGCCGCUACUUGGCCGAGGAUACUAACGCUGAUAUCGUUGUUGUUGGUGACAAGCAGAAGGCUCAGCUCUCCCGUAGCAAUGCCAAGCAGAUCAAGCUCUCGUUUGCUGGUAUCGGAAAGGAGGCUCCUACUUUCAAUGAGGCCGCUUUGGUUGCCGAUGAGAUCUCCAAGCUCGGUGUUAAGUACGACAACAUCAAGAUUCUUUACAACAAGUACGUCUCCACUGUCGCUUUCGAGCCCACCAUCAUCGAGGCCCCUCCGGCUUCCACCAUCGAGCAGGCCCCCAAGUUCGGCACUUACGAGCUCGAGGCCGACGAUGUCACCGAGAACCUCGCUGAGUUCAACCUUGCCAACUUCAUUCUUUGGGGUUUGUCUGAGGGCCAUGCUGCCGAGAUUACCGCUCGUCGCAACGCCAUGGACAAUGCUUCCAAGAACGCCAACGACAUGAUUGGCAAGUACUCGAUUCUCUACAACCGUACCCGCCAGGCCGUCAUUACCAACGAGUUGGUCGACAUUAUUACUGGUGCUUCUUCGUUGGAGUAA